UGAGCUGAGCUGUCACAUCGGUGAUUGCGAAAAAAAAGUGCAUCCAGUUCCAUAACCCACACAUCUUUCGCAGUCAAUUAGAAAUAGAUUGAUAAUUAUCGGAAAUUGAAAAUAGCACAAAAGUGUGCAAAAAUCUAAGUGUUUGCUGCGCCACAAAGUGAAUUUGGUUUGUAGUUUUGGAAGGCGAACCGAUCGCGGUGCAGAAGUUAAGCUCGUCCCGUUGCAUUACCUGCAAUCCGAAAGAGUCACCCGAUUUGGUCGGUGAAAUUAUCAGAAGCUGAAACCUAUUAUUGCAGGAGGGGCAAAAGCAUAGCACACGGUUAAACUCAAACAUGCCUCAAACGCCAAUCAACUCCUUGGAUGAGCAGGACAAACUAUUGAGCGAUGCGAUCACGGUAGUGCGAACGCAAUCGUUCCAGAUGAAGCGCUUUCUGGACAAGAAGCGACUUAUGGAAGCGAUGCGUUGCGCUUCGACAAUGCUGGGUGAGCUGCGAACCUCGCUGUUGUCCCCGAAAAGCUACUACGAACUGUACAUGGCAAUCACGGAUGAGCUGCGCCACUUCGAACACUAUCUGCUGGAUGAGUUCCAGAAGGGUUUCAAGGUACCGGAUUUGUAUGAGCACGUACAGUAUGCCGGAAACAUUGUACCCCGACUGUAUCUACUGAUCACAGUCGGAUUGGUGUACAUUAAAACCAAUUCGUCACUGAAACGAAGUAUUUUGAAGGAUCUCGUCGAAAUGUGUCGAGGAGUUCAGCACCCACUCAGGGGUUUGUUCCUUCGGAAUUACCUGCUGCAAUGCACGCGUAACAUCCUGCCGGAUACGCUGACUAAUACGGAUGAGAACGAAGGCAUUGUCAUUGAUGCGAUCGAUUUCGUUCUAACUAACUUUGCGGAAAUGAACAAACUCUGGGUGCGCAUCCAGCACCAGGGGCAUUCCAGUGAGCGUUCCCGUCGUGAGAAAGAACGUGAAGAGCUGAAGAUUUUAGUUGGCACAAAUUUGGUUCGAUUAUCGCAGCUCGAAUCAGCCAGCCUCGAGAUUUAUCAACGAUUGAUUCUGCCCGGAAUUCUGGAGCAAGUAGUCAGUUGUCGGGAUGCCAUCGCUCAGGAAUACUUGAUGGAGUGCAUCAUCCAGGUGUUUCCGGAUGAGUUCCAUUUACAGACAUUGGAUCCUUUCUUGAAAUCCUGCGCUCAACUGCAAUCCGGUGUCAAUGUGAAGAACAUCAUCAUUUCGUUAAUCGAUCGUUUGGCAUUAUAUAAUCAACGAAACGGCAAGGUCACCCAGACCACUUCCGGAACGGAAAUUAUAUCUGCUAUUCCAUCGGAUGUGCAGCUGUUUGAAGUCUUCAGCACCCAGAUUGCGUACAUUGUUCAACUGCGCACGGAUAUGCCGCUCGAGGACACCGUUUCGCUGCAGGUUGCGCUCGUCAGUCUUGCUCAGAAGGUGUACCCCGAUCGUGUGGACUAUGUGGAUAAAGUGCUGGAAACAACGGCGCAAAUUCUGGAUAGGCUGAACAUGACCAAGUAUUGCAUUUCACACUCCCUCUCGGUAAACCAGGAAUUAUCCCGGUUACUGCGUCUGUGUGUCGAUUUCUACAAUAAUGUGUUGACCAUUUUUCAACUGCAAUUUUUCACCCCGCUACUGGAGAAGUUUGACUACACCUCUCGGAAGGCUCUAUCACUGUACAUCGUAAUGAACGUACUGGAGAAUGAAACCCAAGUUCCGUCGGCAGAGCACGUGGAUAGCGUGUUGACGAUGCUUUCCCCGUUGAUUCGUGAUCAGGAAGAUCAACCGGCCGAUAAGAUCGAUGCGGAAGAUUUUGCCGAAGAGCAAGGAAUUGUUGGUCGUUUCGUGCAUCUGCUGCGUUCCGACGACCCGGAUACGCAGUACAAAAUUCUGACCGCCGCCAGGAAGCAUUUUGGGCUUGGUGGGCAACAGCGGAUACGGUUUGUGUUGCCUCCGCUGGUGUUUCAGGCGUAUCAGUUGGCUUACAAGUACAAAGCCAUCGCCGCCGAGGAUGAAAUGUGGGACAAAAAGUGUCAGAAAAUAUUGCAGUUCUGUCAUAGUACCAUUGCUGUACUAGCGAAAUCGGAGCUGCCAGAAUUGGCCUUGCGAUUGUAUCUACAGGGUGCGCUCUGCAUUGGGCAAAUUGCCUACACAAACCAUGAAUCCGUCGCGUAUGACUUUAUGACACAGGCAUUUUCCUUGUACGAGGACGAAAUCUCCGAUUCAAAAUCGCAGUUCGCUGCCAUCACGUUGAUCGUUUCUACGGUGGAACAAAUGACAUGUUUCUCCGAGGAGAACGCUGAACCACUGCGUACUAACUGCGCCCUGGCGGCUUCAAAGUUAUUGAAGAAACCCGACCAGUGUCGGGCGGUCGUAACCUGUGCCAGUCUAUUCUGGAGUGGAAAGCAAAGCGGUCAGGAACUGCGUGAUGAAAAGCGAACGCUCGAGUGUCUUAAAAAAGCAGCCAAGAUUGCAUCGCAAUGUCUAGACGUGGGAGUCCAGGUACAGUUAUACGUUGAGUUACUCAAUCAUUACUUGUUCUACUAUCAACGAGGGAACACUCAGAUUACAGUGUCUAUGCUUAAUCAGUUGAUCGCCAAAAUCAACGAAGAACUACCCAAUCUGGAACCGACAGAGGAAACGAAGCAAAUCGAGAUGCACUAUCAGAACACGCUGGCUCACAUUCGAAGUCGUGUGGAGACCAACGACGGCAGUUUGGAGGUUUCGUUUGCUGGAAUUACACUGAACUAAGCUGAGCGCCUAGGUAGGAUUAACACACUCCUCCUCAGCAUUCGUUUCAUUUUGACAUUUCGCGUCCGAGUUGCUUACUCGAGUCGCUGUUAGGGAAGCAAAAGUAUCCGUGUCCAACAUGUUGAUCGUGAAUAGUUGUUGGUUUUAGGAAUGAAUUAUGAUAGUGAAUGAAACGUGUAUCUAUUGAUUAAAUGGUAAAGUUAUACUAAAGUUUACAUACCAUGUAAAAGUGUAGGAGCAUCAUAUAUUGAAUAUUAUUAUUAGUAGUUCCGUAUCAUUGCACUGACAUCAAACUGCAUGUCACUUGAAUAUAAUAUACGUUUGGAAAUAAUACGUAUUUAAUAUUA